AUGAUGACAACUAAUACUGAACCAAUAGUUAUUAAUGUGAAAUCAACACCAGCAGUAGCAAAUACUGUUGUUAUCGAUGAGCCAAUGGAUUCACCACCAACACCAGUAGAAAACGUUGCUGUAACAGAUGCAACAACUUCAAAACCAGUAGAAAUAGAUAAUCUUAUCAUCAACGAUGGUAAAAAUGAGAAAACCACAGAAUCAGAUACAUUACCGUCCAGUGGUGUUAGUAAAAAGGCAUUAAAUAGAAAACCUUUUGGAUCAGCUAUAUCACUUGUUACUGUUGUUAUAGCUAUCAUUCCAUUUAUUGGUUGGCGUUAUGCAGACAAAUGUCCUUUUAAUUGGCAUAUACCGCAUUAUUUAGUUGUAUCAGGCAUUGUUGGACUUACUGUUAUUAUAUUAAAUAUUGUUUUUGAUCUUUUGACAUCAUAUGCUAAAUCAAAGUUAGAUGAUACUACUAUUCGAGCUUCUCAUUUUGGAGCUUGUUGUGGUAUUUGUGGUCUUUUAGUAGUUAUUGUCGGUCUUAUCGUAUUUUUUGCUGGUUGGUCUAUUACUGGAUGUAUUUGGAUAUUUCGUGCAUGGAAUAAAAUUCAAUAUGAAAAUGCAGAUCGAUCUGAUUAUUGUCAUCCGACAUUAUAUCGUUUUGCAUAUUGGCUAUUUUUCCUAUCAAUCAUAUACAUAUUAAUCUUCUGCUGUCGUACGUGUGCUCAAACAUCUAAACAAAUACCUAAUAAGAAAAAAGGUCCUGCUAUAGCUGUACUAACAACGGAAGCAUAA